CGUUACUUUUCCUCCCCCGGCGACCGAAGCCGCCGCCCAGCCACGCCAUGGACUCUCUCCUCGCCAGCUACGCCUCUUCCGACGACGACGCUGAUGAGGCCCCACCUGCUCCUCCUCCUGCUCAUUCCCCCGCCAUCGCCACUUCCUCCGGUGGCGGCGCAGGCGGGUUUUUCUCCUCGCUCCCGCAACCCAAGUCCGCCCCCGCACCGCUCUUCUCCUCCCUCCCGGCGCCCAAAUCCACCCCCACGCCGCUCUUCUCCUCUCUCUCGGCGCCCAAAUCCUCCCCCGCCCCUAACCCCACCUUCUCCUCUAUCCCGCCGCCCAAGUCUUCCGGAGGAAACCCUAAGCGCGUCGUCCAGUAUCGCCCGCAGCCGAUCCGGCAGCCCACAGGCGACAGCUCCGACGACGAGGAGGACGAUCCCAAGAAGCGCCGCGCGAGCAACAACGAGGCGCGCUUGCCGCCCGUGUCUGCUGGCUCGGGUCCCGUGUCCUCGUUCCUCCCGCCUCCGAAGCACUCGCUCGGGCUCGGCGCCGGCUCUGGCGCGGGAGCGAGGAGGUCGGCAAUCGAUACGGCUGCGCCAGAGAAGCUAAAUCUCGGCACCGCUCUGCCUUCAAGCUCGGUUGCCAACACAGGAGCCCCGGAAAGGCCUGACACCGGCGCAACCGACGACGACGAUUCGGAAGAUAGUGGCAGUGAUGGUGACAUGCCUGCGCCGGAGCUGGAGGAGGAGCAUGAAAACCAGCAGGCUUUUAAUGCUGCAACCGGGGAGCAGCAGCAAAGCUAUGAUGCUGGAGCUGGGAGCACUAGUGGAUAUGAAACAUAUGCGUGGGAUCCAAACCACUAUGCGCAACACGGUGCUUAUGGUUGGGAUCCUAGUGCCAGUGCGAAUUAUGAGGAUGGAACACAGUAUGCCGCAUAUGAAAGAGGGCAAAGUGCAGGGUAUGUUCAUGCGCAUGGAGGGGAGCAUGCCAGUGGAUAUGACCAUGUUGCGGCAGUGCCAUAUGGAGUAGAUUAUACUGCUGGAGGUUAUGGUCAUGAGGUAGCAGCGACAUUGCCACCGGUGCAUGAACCGAUAUUGCCACCAGAGAUGGGUAGGAGUGGAGGGAAGAGAGGUAGAAAUGAUACGCCGGUCCAGAUUUUAGAAGUAAAUCAAGCAGAGCUGAUGAAGAACAGACCAAAGCAGGAUAAGUCUAAGCUCACGGGGUUGGCCUUCGGUCCUAGUUAUCAGCCUGCACCUUCAGCAAAAGGAAAGCCAUCCAAGUUGCAUAAAAGGAAACAUCAGAUUGGUUCUCUGUACUUUGACAUGAAGUCAAAGGAGAUGGAGCUUGCGGAGAGGCGUUCUAAGGGCAUUCUUACGAAAGCAGAAACUCAAGCAAAAUAUGGCUGGUGAGGAGGGAUGUAAAAGAACUCAAGAUACCUGUGUGGGAGGCUGGGAGCUGUAGAAUUGAGAUGCGUGAAUUUUUGUUGCACAUUUUGUUGUAAGAGUUACGGACUUUGUAAGUUCAAUCCUGAACAAAUAGAGAACAAAUAGUUCAAU